AUGGAUAUCGAUAAAAAUAAAACUCCACCGCCGCAGAAUGGCAGGGCGACGCGAUCCUCGUUAGCGUGUUUGCCAUGCCGCUCGCGUCACCUCAAAUGCGACGCCAAAAGACCGCGUUGUACGCGCUGCGCCGAGUUCUCGAGGGAAUGUCAGUAUGCCCGAUCGCGUCGGGGUGGGCUGGACCGCGCAGCCCUGACUGAGCGCCGCAAGAGAUUAGCAGCCGUUGAAGAUUCCGGGGUAAACAGCCCGAGUCCACAACGAUCUGCGUCCCAGGUUCGUCAGGAUUUCAGUAGUGGAAUCGUUGACAUGGAUCUCUCGAACAGCUAUAUACUACUCGAUGCGAGUAGCGCUGGAAAUCGAUCAUCCAAUACCGGAUCUCCAGCAGCUCCGCUGCAGUUCAACAGCAUUGAAAAUGAUCUUUUGAUUGAUUUCUACUACAAGCACUUUCACAAAUUUCAUCCAUUUAUCUUACCCCGGAAAUACCUAACAAGUGCAUAUCAAAAUCCGACUCGACAAAACUCCUUGAACUCACUCAUUGCCGUUAUGCGUCUUGUGGGAAAUAUUUAUAAGUCGCGCGAGUGGUCGACUCCAUUGAAAGCUCUCGUAGAAAAUGGCUUUUUGCAAUUACUACCAACCGAUCCAGUCUUGGUUCAAUGCCGGCUCCUAUACUCUAUGGCGCUGUUCUGGUAUGAUUUCAAGGAUGAAUUCAAAUGGCAAAUGGAUACAGCGGUUCAUCUCGCCCGCGAACAGGGAAUGUUCCGACAAGAAUUUGCUGCAAGGAAUGGAGGGGAUGAUCUGGUGUUGCAGGAAAGCUGGAGGCGAACAUGGUGGAUGCUUUAUACCGUGGAGGCUUACUAUGCGGGAACUUUGGGGACCAUGAAUUUUGAAGUUGCCAAAGUCGACGCCACGGUUGAGCUUCCUUGUGAAGAGUCCGAAUAUGAACGUGGGAAUAUUCCCACUCCAAAAACUCUGCACGACUUUGACUGCCGCGAGUUCGCUCUCGAUGAUCCCGUUUUCUCAUCCUUCGCGUACCUCAUUGGUGCUGUACGAUGUGCGGCAUUCGCCAUAUCCACGGUGCCGAAAAAUGCCGUCAAAGAAGAUUCGCCACAGGUGAUCCAGACUGCAGAUUCGAUUCUGGAUGGCUGGGUACGUUUAUUACCCAAGGGUCGUAAGGAGGUUAUGAGUAAAAGCGGAGAGAUUGACGAGCUGAUGUUUCAAGCACACCUGCUUAUUCAUGUCGCGAGUAUCGGUUUGCACCGACCCUUCUCAGAUCUCAAAUUCAACCCUGUGGAAGAGAUGUCAAGCUGUGCUAGGGAGCCCCCUCAAGAUACUCCCACACCGGAUCUGGUGAACGUACAUACCGUCCGCGUGUUGCGUUCUGUUGAGGGACAAAUCCGCCUCCUGGCAUUACCGACCGGACACUUCCAUCAUACCCCAUUUACCACCUGCAUGAUCAGUGAAGGGACACUUGCCCUUCUUUCUGCUUGUCACUUCCUUUUAAAGGGCAAGGAAUUGACGAUCGCACGAGAACAAAUCCGGAUGACUAUUGGCUGCCUCAAAGUGCUUGGUGAAUUCUGGCCCCGGACUGCGAGGAAUGUACGAGAAAUCCAGACUAUUGCCCACCAUGUACUCGGGCUUGCAUCUAAAGUGAGCCCGGUCGGCAUGACUCAGUCGUGUGGAGUGCUGGACAUUUCCAGUGGCCAAGAACAGGACACUUUGGAUUCGGAAACAGGGACAUCUAGUGAUGAUUUCAAUAUUCCUUCCUUGGGUUCUAUAGAGGAUCUAUGUGGGUGGUAUACUAUUGGAGAUCUAGAUCCCAAUAUUGCCUGGGAAAGCUAA